AUGCUGGGGCAGAACCAGAUAGCGAAGGGAGAACGUGAUGGGGCCGAGAAGCCCAGCUCCCCUGCGGGACAGCGCUGCUUCAGGACUUUGGCCCCUUGUGCCCUCCUGCCGGCUUUGCUGGCCAUGCUGUCUGUGAUGGCCUGCCUUUACCUGGGGGUGAAAACCAACGACCUGCAGGCGAGGAUCUCAGCCAUCGAGGCUGCCAAAGGGGAGCUGCCCUAUCAGUUCCUGCCGACGUCCCUAGAUCAGCUGGAAGCGAUGAUGCAAGAAAAAAUGGAACGACUUCUGGCUCAGAAAUCCUAUGAGCAUUUGGCUAAAGUAAGAAUCGCCAGAGAAUCACCUCUAGAGUGUAACUGUCCAGCAGGUCCUCCUGGGAAACGUGGUAAGAGGGGCAGAAGAGGAGAAUCUGCCGAGGAAUUGAUGUUCAGAAGUUUAAGAGGUUUGAAUGAACUCAGAUCGGCUUCAAGUAGAGCAGCCUUUCCACCUGCCUGGAGUAAUGAUCGUGAUGGUAGUGAUGGGGAUGGUUGUGGAGAUGAUAGUAACUGUGAAAAGGAUGACACUGAUAAAGAAGAGGCCAGUGCUAGUGGUGGUGAAGAUGAUGAUAAGCAGGGCUUGAUGAAUGUAGAGGGUCUGCCAGGCUUCCCCACAGUUGCGGCUCUGCACAGUAAUCAGAUCCUCACGGUCAAGGGUGACCAAGGACAAGCUGGCCCUCCUGGACCCCCUGGCCCACCAGGACCCAGAGGUCCCCCAGGGGACACAGGGAAAGAUGGUCCCCGUGGGAUGCCAGGAGUACCCGGUGAACCAGGCAAACCAGGAGAACAAGGCUUAAUGGGACCUCAGGGGCCUCCAGGACAAAAGGGUUCUAUUGGAGCACCUGGCACUCCAGGGAUGGAUGGGAAAAUGGGUGAACCCGGCUUACCUGGAAUAGCGGGAGAGAAUGGAACACCUGGACUUAAGGGCGAUCCUGGAGAGCGAGGAGAAAAGGGAGAUGCUGGAGACAGUGGACCCAAAGGUGACGUGGGUGAAAAGGGUGACCCUGGAUCUUCUGCUGCAGGAAUUAAGGGAGAACCUGGAGAAUCUGGUCGUCCAGGGCAAAAGGGUGAACCAGGGCUGCCUGGGCUGCCUGGACUUCCGGGGAUAAAGGGAGAGCCAGGUUUCAUUGGUCCACAGGGAGAACCAGGGUUACCAGGGUUACCAGGAACAAAGGGUGAGCGUGGAGAGGCUGGGUCUCCUGGGAGAGGUGAGCGAGGCGAACCUGGAGCUCCUGGACAAAAGGGUGAUCAUGGAGACAAAGGUGACUCUGGAGUUAUGGGACCAAGGGGUCCACCUGGGCAAAAGGGAGAUCCAGGAGCAACUGAAAUCAUCGACUACAAUGGCAAUAUUCAUGAGGCUUUGCAGGGACCCCCAGGACCUCCUGGACCACAAGGAUUGCAGGGGACGAAGGGUGAGCCAGGAUCUCCCGGAACACCAGGAGUUGAUGGAGAACAGGGUCCUAAAGGCUCAAAGGGAGACAUGGGGGAUUCAGGCCAGCCAGGUGAAAAGGGAGGAAUUGGACUUCCUGGAUUACCGGGUGCCAAUGGCAUGAAAGGAGAAAAAGGAGACUCUGGUUUACCGGGACCUCAGGGACCUUCUAUCAUUGGCCCACCAGGCCCACCAGGCCCCCAUGGCCCACCAGGUCCCAUGGGACCCCAUGGACUUCCUGGGCCAAAGGGUGAACCAGGGUUAAAUGGUCUUAAAGGAUUGAAGGGUGAACCAGGUCAAAAGGGUGACAGAGGACCCCUUGGUCUUCCAGGAGCAUCUGGCUUAGACGGAAAGCCAGGAUCCCGGGGUACAGAUGGCCCAAUUGGACCCCAUGGCCCUGCAGGUCCUAAAGGAGAAAGAGGUGAAAAAGGAACUGUGGGAGAGCCUGGACCCAGAGGACCUUAUGGUUUGCCUGGUUUCCCUGGUCCUCGAGGAGAGAAAGGAGACUUAGGAGAGAAGGGAGAAAAGGUGACGUCCAUGCUGCUAGCAUUUGUUUCACUUUCUUUAAUCUUGAUCCAUCCCAUUCCUUCUUGUUUUCCCACCUCCAUAACUAUCUUAUAUGCUUACUCGUUUCCUCAUCCUGUGUGCCAAAAAUAA